AGUUGCAGCUAAUUACGUCACAGAGAAUGCGGGACUAGGGUCGGGAUCACUACUGAGGCCCGAAUAGGAGCGCAAGAUACUGCCUGAAACAGUAGCAAAAAGAGGCUCCGUUCCCGAAUUUCCGCCGCCAUGGAAAGCUCCAGUUUAGGUAAAUAAAAGGAUUGUGUGGGGAAAACUACAAUUUCCAGCAUGCAUUGCGGAUCGAAAGGCCUUCGCCACAGUGUUUCUUGGAAACUGUAGUCUUAUGGAGAGGCGCUUCCGACACCGGAAGCGGGCAAGAUUGUCACGGCAAUCCGCUUGACAGGUUGAAGAGCUCCGUGCGCUUACGCACGUAAACAGAUAUGGAUUGGAGUAUUAAUUUUUCACAUCUUGAGAGCGGAGAAUAGGCUAAAGAACCUGCAAGUCCCAGGAAGACUACAAUUCCCAUCCAGUCCCGCAAGUCUCGGGCAAGGAGUCUACCGAGCCCCACAGCAUGGAACCACAGGUUACUCUAAAUGUGACUUUCAAAAAUGAAACUCAAAGCUUUCUGGUUUCCGACCCAGAAAAUACAACUUGGGCUGAUGUCGAAGCUAUGGUAAAAGUUUCAUUUGAUCUGAACACUAUUCAGAUAAAAUACCUGGAUGAGGAAAAUGAAGAGGUAUCCAUCAAUAGUCAAGGAGAAUAUGAAGAAGCACUUAAGAUGGCGGUUAAGCAGGGCAACCAACUGCAGAUGCAAGUCCACGAAGGCUCCCGGCUUGUGGAUGAAACCCCACUCCCACCCAUAGCAGAAAAACGACCAGUUGCGAGGGCAGGGAAGAAGCCACUUGCCCAUUAUUCUUCCCUGGUGAGAGUCUUAGGAUCAGACAUGAAGACCCCAGAGGAGCCUGCAACACAGCGGCUCCCACUUGCUCCCCAUAAUGCAGAGCAGCCUCAAGACAAGCCCCCAGACUGGUUCACGAGCUACCUGGAGACAUUCAGAGAACAGGUGGUUAAAGAAACAGUUGAGAAACUGGAACAGAAAUUACAUGAGAAGCUUGUCCUCCAGAACCCGUCGUUGGGUUCCUGUCCCUCAGACAUCUCCAUGCCUAUUUCAGAGGAAACACUGUUUUUGCCAGAAAACCAGUUCAACUGGCAUAUUGCUUGCAGCAGCUGCCAAAGGAGGAUCUGUGGCGUGCGCUACCAGUGCAGCCUCUGCCCAUCCUACAAUAUCUGUGAAGAUUGUGAAUCGGGGCCGUAUGCCCAUGACUCCAACCACAUCCUGCUGAAGUUGCGGAGACCUGUUGUGGGUUCUUCUGAAGCAUUCUCUCACCCAAGGUUCUCCACCCCUCGUCUUCCUGCUGCUCUGGAACAAGCCAGGCUCCAGAAACAGGUUGACAAGAACUUUCUUAAAGCAGAAAAGCAGAGGUUGCGAGCCGAGAAGAAACAGCGAAAGGCGGAGGUCAAGGAACUCAAAAAGCAGCUUAAGCUCCACAGGAAGAUUCAUCUGUGGAGUUCCAUCCAUGGACUCCAGAGCCCCAGGUCUCCAUUGGGCCGACCCGAGAGCCUGCUGCAGUCAAACACCCUGAUGCUCCCUUCACAGCCAUGUGCCCCAGUUAUGCCAACCCUCAGUGCAGCGUUUGUGGAUGAGAAUUUGCCUGAUGGGACUCACCUUCAGCCAGGAACCAAGUUUAUCAAACACUGGAGGAUGAAAAAUACAGGAAACGUCAAGUGGAAUGGAGACACAAAGCUCAAGUUCAUGUGGGGAAACCUAACUUUGGCUUCUACAGAAAAGAAGGAUGUUCUGGUUCCCUGCCUGAAGGCCGGCCACGUGGGCGUUGUGUCCGUCGAGUUCAUUGCCCCAGCCUUGGAGGGAACAUACACUUCCCAUUGGCGUCUUUCUCACAAAGGCCAGCAGUUUGGGCCUCGGGUCUGGUGCAGUAUCAUAGUGGAUCCUUUCCCCUCCACAGAGAGCCCUGAGAACAUUGCAAAGGGCAUGAUUAGCUCAAGCAAAGUUGAUGCGCUCACUUGCCAGAAAGAGGAAGCUUUUCUUCUGGCCAAAGAAGAAAUUCAGCCUGAUGAAGUAGCUGAGCAGUCCCAAGGGACAGGAACCUGCAUCCCACAGAAGACAAAAAAUGUUGCCAGUGAGAGGGAGCUCUAUAUCCCCUCCGUGGACCUACUGACUGCCCAGGACCUGCUGUCCUUUGAGCUGCUGGAUAUAAACAUUGUCCAAGAGUUGGAAAGAGUGCCCCACAAUACUCCCGUGGAUAUGACUCCCUGCAUGUCUCCUCUGCCGCAUGACAAUCCUCUAAUAGAGAAGCCAGGCUUGGGGCAGAUACAGGAAGAGAGCGAAGGGGCAGGAUUUAAAGCGCUUCCUGAUCCCACAGCAUCAGUAAAGAGGAAGGCUGAAAACAUCGCCUCACUGGAGGAAGCAGAAGAUGACCUGAGUGGGACCCAAUUUGUGUGUGAGACAGUAAUCCGAUCCCUUACCUUGGAUGCUGCCCCAGAUCACAGACCACCUUGCAGACAGAAGUCCCCACACAUGAAAUUUGCCUCCCCUGAAGAGGGACCACUUGAAGAUGAGCAGGAAGAGGUUGUCCAUGUCGCUGAAGAAGCUGUCGUGGAGGAGCAAGUGGAGGAAGAGGAGGAGGAGGAGGAUGAGCUCAAAGAUGAAGUUCAGAGUCAGUCCUCUACUUCUUCAGAGGAUUAUAUCAUCAUCCUGCCUGAGUGCUUUGAUACCAGCCGCCCCCUGGGGGACUCCAUGUACAGCUCUGCGCUCUCACAGCCAGGCCUGGAGCGUGGGGCUGAAGGGGAAGCUGGGGUUGAGGCUGGGGAGAGGCUCGCUGGAGGGGAGAACCAGCCACAGGGACAGAGCAUCAACGACAUCCUCAUGACCUCACAGACUCUGGACACCGUGCCCCUAACCCCAGAGGUGGUGGGGCCUCCACCACAGCUGCCCAGGAGCCCUCCUUGUGCACAGCACGAUGGUUCCCCAGGAGUGGAUUUACCAGUUACCAUACCAGAAGUUUCUUCAGUCCCUGAUCAGAUCAAAGGAGCAAAUAUUCUUAAUAUUCAUGAAGUGAGACCUCACAGAGGUGGGCAUUGUGCUGCAGUGGGAACACAGGCUGUGGAGCUCAACCAGGCUAGAUUCCAGGCCCAGCUCCACCUUUCCUCCCUGUGGGACCUUGCAGCAGAGCCCAGAGGCUCAUCAGGACUUGUAAACAGCAGACAGAAGAGCUAUGACCACUCAAGGCACCACCACCAUGGGAGCGGCAUUGCUGGAGGACUGGUGAAGGGGGCUUUGUCUGUUGCUGCUUCUGCAUACAAGGCCUUGUUUGCCGGGCCGCCCGUCACUGCCCAGCCAGUAGUUUCUGAAGAUCAAACAGCAGCCCUGAUGGCCCAUCUCUUUGAAAUGGGAUUCUGUGACAGGCAGCUGAACCUAAGGCUGCUGAAGAAAUACAAUCACAACAUCCUGCAGGUUGUGACAGAACUGCUUCAGGUCAACAACAAUGACUGGUACAGCCACCGCUACUGAGGAGUGACCUUGUAUUAAAUAACUUUGCCUGCUGCUCAGAGAUGAUCUUUAUUCUGUCCGUGGGGCAUGGGGGAGAAUCCCUUGCUUAUUUUUUAAUCUGAUGAAUCUAUCUAGAGCCCAUCAUUAAGCUAUCAAGACAGCACCUGCAUUACAGUAUUUUUUUGGAGCAAAUCAAAGACCGGAACUUAAACAGAGACCUUGAACGAGUUGUAGGAAAAACGGUUUUUCAGUUGAUUUGGAUAAAGCUCCUUUUCUCCAUUUUAGUGCAUUGAAGAGUAUAACUUGAACUUUCUAUAGAACUGUUUUUUUCUUUCUGCUUGUAUUGAAGUUGAGUAUUUUUCUUUGGUUAAAUGUGGAUGUUUCUAUGGGGAUAUCUGUUGGCAGUUUUAAAAAGAAAUUAACCUUGGAAGUUGUUUUCAAGAAUUCUUAACAUUUUUUCUAGCCUGCCCCAAGUCUCAGAGCUGUACGGUAUCGAAAUGACACCCAGAGCCCCAAAGGAAUGGUGUUACUCUUCCUUUCUCAAGGACAAAGUCCUUUCCCUUGCAGGACUGAGUAAUGGGCCACUGUUGCCUAAGGACACCACUGGUACAUUCAAGAAGAUCCACCUUCUGGGUCUCUGCACUUCAGUGAAAGGAGGAAGGGAGUGUGCUUCUUAACCUACCAGCACCUACUGAGCAGUGUUUACUGUAGUAGUUUUGCAUACAACUUUUAUUUAAGGGAACAAAUUUAGGUAGUGUGAAAAAUUUUGCUAAUCCUCUAGAGGAGGAGAAAACUUGUGUAUUAAAGGGAAAGUAAACGUAACGAUUACCAUUUUUCUUAAUGUCAAGGCAGAUGUUCUUUACAGCCAAGUGAGGGGAGAUAGAAACAUGAAAAGUGAAAGGCAGGGUCCUGCAUUAAUCUCUGUAAAGUUAGGUCAGGGACAGGCAAAUGUGUGUGCGAGGCGUAGGAGAUCCUAACGAUUUCCUGAAUGUCUGAAAUCUGCUCAAAGGUAUCUAGAACAGGAGGAGGCUGUUUUGCAAAACGUGGAUGGGGGCAAAUUCUGAAAAAGUUUUGGUUUAACCCCAAAAUGAAUGAGAAAGCUUGUUGCCAGGGGCCCAGGUCCUCAUUCUGUUUACAGAAAAGGAGUCUUCGAUACAAUGGGUGAAGGAAAAGGUAACAGAAAACACUAAAAGCUAGUAUUCAUGAAAAUGACUUCCAGAAAAAGACUUACCCUCAUCCGGAAGGGGGAAGGGGUAGUAAACUAGUAUUAUUUAACCUGGUUGGUAUUUAUAAUGAAUGGUGAUGUUAAUUAAUCAUUAGCCAUCAUGAUGUUUAUUUACAAUAUAAUUCUUGACCUAUUCAAUAAACCAAAAUUCAGACUGCAAGCCAACCAGGCUGUUCAUUAUUUAAAACGUUUUUAUCCGGGCUUCGGGGUAGAGGCUGAGCUGCAGGGUGUAUGUGAUUAAUUGGUUGAUACCCGGUGAGACCUGUUCUGACCUCAUGAGUCAUACUGUAGAGGUCCAGUCGGCCGUCCGGUUGUACUUGCACAUAACCGUUUAAAGAAUGGUGGAAUAAAGGUUCUUUGAAAGACCUA